GGUAUCGGCACUGGGGAGGAGAAGAUAGAAGCUAAACAUCAAUGGCGCAAUUGCUGUGCCUCGGUCUCUAUUGCCCCCUCCAACCCAACAAAAUUUCAGCUUCUUCUUCUAAGGCCCUGAAGCUUGGUGAGUCAACCAAUGGGUCAAAGAUAUCCAUUUCCACAACCAGAAAAGGUGCUGCCAAUCGCUUGCUCAAAACCCGGAAGCUGAAUUUGGAGGUUUCUCCUCACAGAGCAGUAUCAGCGGUUAGGUUGAUGAGGAUAGAGUUUGGAGGUGCUUUUGCUGACCUUCUCAAUGAGAAAGGCAAAGGUUCAGGUGAGAAUGAGAUGGCAUAUGUUGAAAGAACUCUUGGCUUCCGCACCCGGCAGUUAAAUGAUCAAGAUCUCAGGCUGGUUACAGACAUUGUAGGGGGAACAAUUCGUUGGAGAAGAUAUCUUGAUCAUUUGAUUAGUUCAAUAAGUCACGAUAAAGAUAUAUCUAGCAUGGAACCCCUACUGUUGCAGAUUCUACGGGUUGGCUUCUAUGAGAUUGUCCAGUUAGAUAUGCCACCUUAUGCUGUUGUUGAUGAGAAUGUUAGGCUUGCCAAAGUUGCUCUCAGACCUGGUGCUGGCAACAUGGUCAAUGGAAUCCUUCGAAAGCUUGCAGUGCUUAAGGAAAAUGAAAGCCUUCCUUUGCCCAAAGUGGAGGGUGAUGACCGUGCUCAAGCGCGUGCUCUUGCUACUUUGUAUUCUCAUCCAGUUUGGAUGGUAAGAAGAUGGACAAAGCAUCUUGGGCAGGGAGAAGCUAUCAAAUUGAUGAUCUGGAACAACAGUGAACCCAGUUACAGUUUAAGGGCAAACCGCGCAAGAGGUUUUUCAAGAGCUGACCUUGUGGCACAGCUUAAUGCAUUGAAGGUCCCGCACACGCCUUCAUCACAUUUGGAUGAAUUUGUUCGCAUCAAAACUGGGCUACAGAUUGUCAUUCAUGCUGGUCUGCUUAAGAAGGGUUUAUGCUCAGUUCAGGAUGAGAGCGCAGGUCUGGUAGUUUCUGUUGUGGAUCCUCAGCCUGGUGAAGUCAUUGUUGAUUGCUGUGCUGCUCCUGGCGGAAAGACUCUGUACAUGGCCUCUCACUUACGUGGUCAAGGUAUGGUGUUUGCAAUUGAUGUAAAUCGUGGUAGAUUGAGAAUUCUUAAAGAGACAGCAAAAUUGCACCAAGUUGAUGGUGUCAUUACCGCCAUCCAUGCUGAUCUUCGUGAGUUACCUGAUAGCAAACCACUUAAGUGUAAUAAAGUUUUGUUGGAUGCUCCUUGCUCCGGACUUGGUGUUCUUUCCAAGAGAGCGGACUUACGCUGGAACCGGAAGCUAGAGGACAUGGAAGAAUUAAAGAAAUUACAGGAUGAGCUGCUAGAUGCAGCAUCCAAAUUGGUAAACCCAGGUGGAGUGUUAAUCUACAGUACGUGCUCCAUAGAUCCCGAAGAGAAUGAUGAGAGGGUGGAUGCUUUUCUUGCAAGACAUCCAGAUUUCCACAUCGAUGCCGUAGAUAGGUUUGUUCCGCCUGAUUUUGUGACGGACCGUGGCUUCUAUUUCUCCAACCCAGUAAAACAUUCACUGGAUGGCUCCUUUGCUGCUCGAUUGGUUCGAGCUUCAUAAAAUGAAUCCUGGGUAAUAAUCUUCAGUAUCUUCAUUGUCUUUUGAGGGAAAAUUCAGUUGAAAACCGAUUCCUAGUACUGCUGCUUACAUUGGUGCUGGUCUUCGCUCCAAUUUUUGCAAGCACUGUCUCGUGCACUGAAAUCAGACAUUUUUCCUUCUGGGGGAUAUUUCACACUCAGAACAGGGAAUCAUCUGCAAUUUUUCCCAAAUAUCGUUUAAAAAUAUAUGAAUGGUCUACAGCCCAAGAGCAUUUCCAUUUUUUUUUUUCCUGGUAAUCACGGAUGGGCUGCAUCCCAAAAGCAUCAACAGAGGCACUUACAUUGUUGAAGGAUGAUUAUUGUCGAUUUUCAGGCAAAACACCUAACUUUCUGUGGCAAAUCUUGUGGCCGAUGGUCAUAUUAUGUAUACUUUUGCUCCAGUUGCUUCAUGAAUUUUUUUUCUUUUUUUGGGUCCUGAAUCUGGUAGAUUGCUGGACUUCCUUUUUUAACAGGACCUCAUGAAGUAAAAUGUUUGAUGGAUGUAAAUAAAAAAAUGCUACUCUUCUUGUAAGUACUGGAUUCCAGUUAAGGCUGGUGCAGUUUUUGUUAUAUGAAAUUGCCACUGACCUUGGGAGAACAAA